UCUUGUUGUAGGUCGUGAGCUGAAGCUGUUUGCGUCUCUUUAUUAUGUAUAUUGUGCGUGUGAAUGUUUAAAAUAUAAAUUUGUGAAUUUGUCAGAAGCGGACAGGGUGUGUAUAGGUUUUCACCAUAAUUGUCAGUACUACUAUAAUACAAAUUAUAUAAGAAGUUUAAGAAUAUAUUUCUAUUUCUAUCAGUAAAUGAACAACAGCAGCAACAAACACGAUGGCUCUCAGUCAGCCGGAUCUUCACAUGCAACACCAGCUACUAAUGGUACAAGAAAUGUUACAAACAAUAAAAAAUCAGAUACAUGUAGAGAUUACAUGUGGGGAAAAUGUACGAAAGGUAGUUCCUGUAGAUUUAGGCAUGAAUUGGACUUUGAGAAAAUAAAAAAAACUGUCAAGUUCUGUCAUGAUUAUCAAAACAGAGCACCAUGCACCAGGGAAGUUUGUACAUUUAUCCAUGCCACAAAGGACGAAGAGACAUUAUUUUUAACCACAGGUAAACUGCCUAAAGUUCUAGCAGAGAGACAUGCUAAUAUGUCGUCAGCUGAAACAAUACCGCAGAUUGCUAUGUAUAUUCAAGAGUCUUUAGCUGGGCCACCACCACCACCACCACCUCCACAAGCAGCACCACAGCCAUCUUCUGUUAAAGGACCCCAAGUUACGUAUAAUAUGGGACAAAUGGCUUCACCAAUGCAGCCAGGAAUGGGUAUGGGGCCUAUGCACAUUGGACCAAUGAAUAUGGGGCAUAUACCACCACAAAUGAUGUCAAUGCCGGGACCUUCUAUGGUUGCUCCACCACCUCCAGCAAUUCCAAUGCGACAUUUACCCCCUCCUCCACCUCCACCUCCAACUCAGAGCUCUACUAGCUCUUCACUGACAACACCUCCAGUUUACACAGCACCUACGCCACCAACUAUGAGGGUUUCGUUAAAUCAAGAGCUAUCACGACCUACAACUCCAAAACUCAAUAUGGACAGGUUUGAUCCAAGUAAGCCACCUCCACCCUUCAUACCAAAUACAAGUUUAAAGCGUCCUACCGUUAGUGAUAGUAUGAAAGCCGGUCCCAGUAAAAUCAGAAAGGAAGAGGAAGCCAUUGUCGAUGACUCUGCGUGCGAUCCGUGUCGUCAACGACAAAUAAGAAUCGACGUAUAUCAAAAAGAAACAGAUAAAAUAUAUGCUCGUGUUGAAUUUCAAAAAUUAAUUCACAAAAAGAAAUACGAGGAAUUUCAACGUAAAGAGGAGAUAUUAAAAAUCCUAUUAAACCCUGAAAUAUAUAAAAUUAUUGAGGAUUUGUUGUUGAAUGAGGAUGGCCCGCAAGUACAAGAAUCUGAUAAUCAAAAUGCUAUUGGCGAUUUAACACCUCCAAGAACAGUAGAAUCUCUAGGUACAUUGAUGACUAGGCCUAGUGUAAAUAGUUCAAUUCAAAAUUCUUUAUUAUUUGCGGAACAUUUACGUGACGGUAACAAAAAAAGGGAUGACCAAUCUGAAUAUAACCAUAAUAACACAUACCAUGAAGAAACACGAGCAUCAUAUAGCCAAAGUUUAUCGGUUCCUACUACAAGCAAAACUCAAAGUUCGAAUCCUGGCAAAAAUGUUCCGACCACAGCUACACCUUCAUACUUCUAUUAUAAUAUGCCGCCGCCUAUAACAAGACCGUUCAUGACGCCAUCGACCUCUAUAGCUCCGACUGCAGGUGCAUCAUUGAUGGCAUACCAACAUAAUGGAAUGCAGGGACCUUCACAGGCUAUGACAAAGCCAUCACCGUCUGGUCCGCCUCCACCAUCCAAGCCAAACAAUCUAUCAAAUCAAAACUCGGCUCCAUACCCUCCGCCGACGUCUUAUUAUAAUUCUUAUCAAUAGCAUUGGGAUAAUGUUGCAUGCAUGGUGGGCGGGAGCUAGCGUCGUUGACAGGUAUAAAUAUGUAAACGUUAUUUUAAGAUUAAGCUAAUUUUAAGACAAUAACUGAAUUUGACUUAUGUUUCAAUGUGAUACAAUCUGAAUUUUUAAAAGACCAUUAGUUCGUUGACGUGUACAGUACGGAUAUUAUCGAUAUAAAUACUUUUACUCUAUCAAAAUCCAUACUGUUUAACUAUGAUUAUAUGUAAUAGUUUUUAAAAGUAUGUAUUUGAUUACUCUCAAGAUAUGCCGAUAUAAUGUGACAUGUAAAUUAUCUUUACAUUAUGAUUUUUUAUGAAUUACAAUUUCUUUUUACCGUAAUUAAGAUAGAAUAUUCGAUUGUCCAUCGAGCUGUUACGGUCCCAAUUCACGUGUGAUGUCACUAUAUAACAUAUAUUAUUGUUUUCGUAUCGCUAUAUAGCGCCUACUUCGCAAUAAUUAUAAAUACAAGAGUUAACACAGGUAUAUCUCCUCAAGUGCCUUGAAACAGCGAAACAAGGUGCGAUGUAAGCAAAAGCAAUGCGUGUUGAUUUUUCUAUAAAAUAGGUUUAAGAUAUUGGAUAUAAAUAAGGAUAUCACAAUUAGAAUUUGCUUAUGAAUUUGUGAUUCAAUAGAGUUAUGAUCGCCUCAACAUGCCCGCAUUCCACAGAGCCGUCAAUCAAAUAUUCAUAUGGAAGUCACAAGCCCUAGGUAGUAAACAAAUACUUAAUAAAACUAAAUAGUAAGAAUUUAUAAAUCUUGUGCCUCCACGACAUAUUAUUUGCUGAUUUAAGGAUCAAACUAAAAAUUAAUUUCGGAAUUAUAACAAAAGUAUUGAGUGUAAAUGUAUAUUGUUUACCGGCUUUGUUAUUGGUGGAUACGGGACGAUUUUUUUUAAUGUAUGUGGAAUCUAACCACAAAUAUAAAUUUUAAUUUAAUCGUAACUAUACAAUAAGAACUAGUCAUGUCGUUUUAGUAUGGUAUUGUUCACUUUAUAUUUGAAACUUCAUUUUCCAUGAGCUAAUUUAAUUGAUAUUUAUUCAUACAGUGUUAUCAAAUCAAUUGACAAAAAUUAUCCAAAAUGUGAGUGAUUGUUGAAGAUCUUUUGAAUUGUGUCUUGGUAAAACAUGAAAUGUCAGAUAUUUUAAUAAAUUCUAAAAUCAUCGUUAUUGUUAACUUUGUGUAAAUAUAUUAUUACGGCUAAGUAAGUAUACGUAAUGUAACUAAAAGAUAAAUGUAAUUUUGUAAAACUUGAGAUAUUAGUAGGCGGGUGUAAAUAGUUGCCGAACAAAAUAGUUUGUGGUUUUCUUUUAAUUUUCCAUUACUUCUUUUUAAAACAGAAAUACUGUCAAUGUAAUUAAACCGGGAAUUAAAUAAAAAUAUGAGAGAAAUUCUUUGUUACUUACGGAUGAAGUAGUUUUUACGAUUUACAAAAUCCGGUAUAUGAUAAACUUGCAUGUUAAUAAAAUAUUUUGUUGAGGCUGGUAAUUUCGUUUCGUUCUUUUAAUUAUGAUAUAUUCCCGCCACAAAUAAGCAAGUAGUGUCCUUGGGUGUGAUUAAGAAACGAGACGAGAUGCGCAAACUAUUAUUCCGUCGGUCCGUAUAGUCAGGCUUAGCGGUUGUUGGUCUUAUUUCUGAAUGUUAGAUCUAAUAUAACGACCAUAACAAUACUUUUAAUAGUUGAGAUGGUUACUCGUUACUGCCUAGACGCUACUUGCCAGCAAGUAUAUAUAGUAAAGGAGUUGCUACUUGCUUAUUACUGGAAGUCCGUUCCACAACAACUUUAGUAAAGUGGCCUCAGCUGUGCCAAUAGUUGAC